AAUUCAGCAGAUCAGCUGAUUUGUAGUAAGCAAUUUUGUGGUUGCAAGAUCUAGUUUAUUUAUAAGUCAAAAUAAAUCCGAAGCCAAAAAUUAUAAUGUUGAAAUUUCAUAUUAUCUAAAUUUUUGUAAUUUUCAAAAUAAUUUAAACAGUAUAGACUACUUCUGACAAUGUUUAUUAACUAGAAAUUGACAAAUUCGACAUUUUGUAAACAAAGAGGAAAACUGAAACCAGUUUGGUGAACCAUUGGUGAACAAAGGACUAUGCAAUGGAAUCUUCAAUAAGUGCGCUAGCGGAAAGUAAUUGGAAAAGGGUUGGAGGCUGUGAACUAUCACAAACCCUACAAACUAGAAUAACCCAUGAGGACAUUUUCAUAAGACCUUCUUUGGAUCAAAUUAUAAAAAAUGAAAAUGCAGUUCUCCUUAAAAAAGGAGAAUACAAGGAUGCAUGUGAUCUCCUAGUUCGUUUGAAACGACCUUUUUACAAAAUUGACUCCUUAUCCUUAGUAUGUACAGCUCCAAAACUCGAACUCUUUUUGGGACCACUUAAGGAAUAUGCAGAGACUUUGUACGGUGAAAUUGCAGACGAUGAGGAUGAUAAUGAUGGCGGUGAAGUGUUCUCAUAUCGCUAUGAUAUUGAGGUGCAGAAAUCAGGCAUUACUGAGUUACUACUUAAGUUGCUGACACCGACUGAUGAUAUCUGCAUAUUUGGUAUUUUAAUACAAAUGGCACCCAACCCCAAUGGCAUAACGACGGGAAUAGAAAUCAAUAUGGAAAAUGUUCAAAAGAUGCUAAACACGGGGCAGAAAAUAUCACCAAAUGCUGAGAAAUGCAUGUUAUUUAUGCAAAAAGCCAAACAAAUGCAGGGCAUGGGAAAUGUCCAAUCUUCCACAACACUUUUAGAACAAAUGAAGCAGGCGCUGGCUAACAGCGAAGCACCUUCAUUGGAGCUCGAAGCUACAUUAAAGACUCACAUAGACAAUAAGUUUGAACAAUUAGAACGUAAGAUUACUACACAUUUAAAUAUGGUGCUGUCAGAACAAAACAAAAAACUUGAUAAAAUUUUGCAAAUUCUGGAAAGCGGAAAACUUAAUUAACCUUAUACAAAAUAUAAUAAUUUUAAAUUUAAUUUUAAUAAAGUGACAAAUGUAUGUGUUUUGUGAGCAUCUUAAUUUAAAUCAUUCACAUAUCCAUAUAAUUUAUAGA